AAGACAUCAGAUACAAAAGAAGAUGCCAACUGUUUCGAACAUGAUGGCGCCAGCUGCGAUAAGCACCCUGCAGGUCCGGGGGGAGGCGGCGCCCAAAGGAAUUCUCUCUGCUCUGUCAGCCAACAGUAAGGUCGGUCGGACCCUGGCCACAAGCUCGCUGGAUAAAUCCUUCCAGUUUGUGUUGAAUAAUAACGACCCGGAAAGUGACGUCCAUCCGUUGACUAGCGUUAACGGACCGACGGUUCCGGUUCGCAAGAUGGAACAUUUGUCUCGCGUACGAACUGCGAACUACGGGAUAUCCACAAUGGAUGAUAAUGGUAUAGGAAUUGAAGAGCACCAUCACACGUUCGUCAUAGAGAAGCCGCAUUUUGUCCUGUGUGGACUUCCCGUCGGCUCAAAGGAAAUAGACCACCACUUGUACAUGAACGAGGCCCGGGUUGGGAAUUUCAAAACUUCCGCUCAGGCGCUUUAUCGGGCACGACGGGAACCGAGGUCCGGAAAGACUAUGACGGAGCACUCGUUUUCUAUGUCGCCCGACAAGGGACCAAUGAAUCCCAGUCCGGGGUUACCGGAAGCUGAAGGCGAGAUAACGCAGCGGACACAGAUUCCGCCAAUUCCACCUACCACCCCCGUGAAUAAUUCCCAACUUCCGGCAAUGAAAUCAAAAUCUGCGAUAAGCCGGCUGUCGUAUGAAAGCAAGUUCACCGGCUCAAUUCCGGAAUCCGAUCACCGUUUGUAUCAGUCGAAUCUUGCAAUUAAACAUAAAAAGAUGACGCUCCUCCGGCGAGAGAAAUCGAGCGAGAGAAUGGAUCUGCAGAGGGAACACUCGAGCGUUUCCACGCAAUCCAUUAAAUCCAUAGAGACUGUGUCCGAAUCCGUGAUCAAUAACAAUCUUACAGUUACAACGGGCAACGGCGCACGGCUCGUUACAAGUGGCAAGGCACCUUUUAAAACCAACUACAAUAAUCCGUACAGACAUACAAAAUUCAAAGAGCGACUGUCCCUAAAUGGAAACAAACGCAUAGAGUUCAAGAGCAUUGACAGUUAUAUGAAAUACCAAAAGCAGCAUAACAUCAAUGGAAAACAUUUUCUCACACCGCGCGCUGUGCUUCGGAUCCCUAAGCCUUGUUCGGAUACUUUCUUACUGCAAAUGAUGCAUGACCUGAACCGCCCAAAGUCCCGAAAGUCAGCUGGGUCGGCUCAUAACUCGCUGGAACUCCCGCGACCGCGAGAUUUGGAGGAUUUUGUGCAAACGAGAACCUCGAGCUCGCUUAGUAAGGCACAGUCCAAUAUCGAUAAGUUUAUGGGAAAGUCAACUAAGGACGAAUUAACGGGUAAGUCGAUUAAAAGUGCGAAAAGCGCAAAAAGUGCUACUGAGACCAUUGAAGAAGAAGAGGCAAAAGAUGUGGAAAAUAUUAUGGAAGACAAGCUUGAAACCUAAUGUUACAUCCGUGUGUGCUAGUCAUAGGUAGGCGAUUCACGGGAAACUUGCUUUAACCCCUGUUAAUCUGGUUAACUUGUGGUUAGUUACUCAAUACACGUAUAGCCCGACAACACUUACCGGACAUUUAUUGACUCUAUUAGCAUGAAUAACAUUUAUUUGGAUUCGGCUUGGUUUGUGCGCGUUUUAAACGAAUAAAUUGAGAUCAUAGCAUUAUACUAAGUGAGAUACGCUGCUUACGGAAACGUAUAUAUUGAUCGUAACAUUAAAGGGGCCUUUUCACAGAUUUUUGAAUGUAUUUAAGUUUGUUAUUAAAUUGAUAAGUGUAAAAAUUGAAUAUAAAAAGCUCAAGUAAAAAAUAAGAAUAACAUUUGUUUUUUAAAAGGAAAAAAGUGACCCUCAUGAGGGCUCAAACCACUGAAACCAGGAGUCCUGGAGUAAAAGUCUACCACUUAGACCACUCGGCUAUCCUUGCUCUUACAAAGACGGAUGUAUUUUAUACAUAAUUAUAUGCAAUCCUUGUAGUUUCACAAAAUAUAACGACAACAGCAAAACUCUCCAAACUAUUUAAUCGUUUCGCGUUGCAACGCCGUAUGAUUGUCAGGUUUUUAAAUCGUCAAAAGAUGCAUAUAAUCGCUGUUUUAGAGCAUGGUAAAUGUUCAGUAUUACUGUUUCUUCACAAAUAUCAUAACUAAAAGGAAAUUUGCGAAUCUGAAACAACUUUUUGAAUUUUUGUCAAUUUACCGAAACGUGAAAAGGCCCCUUUAUUCUAAUAUAUUUAUUCAUGCAGGUAAGUGGCAGGUAACUGUUGGCGAGCUAUAUUUGUGUAUGUCUAGUUCAUUGAUAGACACUGACGGAAACACCACGCAUGAUUGGAAGAUAGCUUUUCAUUUAACUUAUUGCAAUGUUAAUUAAAAGGUGUUUGAACGAAUAUCAGAUAUUUCAAUGGUAUACAAAGUCUAAUUUUUGUUUGAGGACAACUCUAUUCUGUAAACUGUAAUACGUGUUGUUGAAUUAUUAAUUGUUAAGCUUUUGGAGACUAUUCGCACGGAAAAGUUAUAUAAUUAUGCGACAAAGCACAAUUCACUAAUUACUUUUAAUCAUUAUAAGCUUUACAAAUAUACCUUAUUUAAAGCGUAUUCGUUCUUACAAAGGUAUUCAAUUCACAUGUUUUCAUUGUUUGCUAGUCAUUUAUUCAUUAAUGAACACAUAACAGGUAUUUUGCUGUGGCAUGUGUACCAAUAUGCAUGUGCCCUGUAACGGCGUCAUGUGACAGUUUUCACUUAACUUUAAAUCGUUCGGAGUUGGCUAAAACAAGAGCACCUUUGGUCGUUCAAUAGAUAUGGCACUUACCGUUUGACAAAACAACUUAUUAAUGUAAAAUAAUGAUGUUCAUAUAAUCAUCAUCGAAGCGAAAUAUCUAUAUUGAUUUCUCUAUAUAUUGACGGAUUUGUACUUUUCAUUUCCAAAUACUGAGUCGUCAUUUCAAUUUUUGAGCACACGAUUUAUCAUGAAUUAUGUAUUUAUUAUGUUAAGAAAAUGUCGUUUUUUUAUUAAUAGUAUAUUCACAGCUCAUUUUUUCUUUCCAAAUAGUCACAGUGAAAAUGUAUUCAAGUUUGACAAAAAGAUAACAAACAACAAAUAAUAUGCUUUAAACGUUCGCAUGUGUUAGUAUAGUAUAUAUAUUCGUGUUCUCCUUAUUUCCCACGAAUUUGUUUUGAUUGUUGGAGGCAAUUAUGUUUAAAACAUUUAUUCAUGAUGUAAUACUUACUCACGGAGCUGCUCAAUUG